AAACAAGGCGGCUGCCAGGGUUAGCUGCCAGUCCUGAGUGCCUCUGGGGCUGAGGCUCUCUCUGAGGGGGACAGACUUUUACUGACAGGGCAAGUGAGCAAGGGACAAAAAGAGGGAGAAAGUGAGAGGACGGGAAAGAGGGGAGGAAAAAAAAGACAGGAAAAAAAGAAAGAGCAAGAGCUGAAAGAGGAGCAGGAGAAGGGAGAAGAAGAGAGAGUAAAAUAAAGACUGAGUUGAGUCUCUCUCUCUUCUCCUCUAACUGAACAGAUUAAGUCAUGGCCGAGAACAACACAAAUCUCUUUCUGGAAAUACUUGAGUCGUUUGAUGCGGUCCCUCUCAUAAUAGCUUUCUGCGUGUCCAUGGGGGUGGGCCUGGUUUUGGGGGCCCUGGUUUACGUGCUGUUGACCUGGAUGUCCCGCCGCAGAGCAGGCUCGGCCAGCAUCACCCGCCGCCCCCCUCGCCCAUCACGCACCAGCUCACGCAACCGUCCCGGCUUUAACCGCAACAGCAGCUACGACCGGCGCAGCAACAACAGCUUGGUCAGCGCCGCGUUCAGCUUCCACCGGCAGACGUCCUCCCCUGAUCACUUCGACCCCCUGGGGCACAAGUCCAGCUUCAGGGCCUCCACUUUCCACCCGCUGCUCCAGUGCAGCCAGAUCGCCAGGGAGGCCGAGGAGGGAAGUCAGACCACGCUGCCUCGGACCCCGACGCUGACCUCCACGCCCGGGUCGGCUCACACUGCGGCCCUGGCAGCUGCCACCCCACCCAGACCUGAGUCGUUUUGGGGGAGCAAUGGUGUGAGGGGUUUGCAGGCCACGCAGACCCCACCUCCAGCUUAUGAGAGCAUUAUCAGAGCUUAUCAGGAAACGCGCACCUGAGGAGGAGAGGGAGCGCCACGCACGCUGACAAUGAAUGAAUGAGUUGACAAAUGGAUUCAUGAAUGAAACUGGAAUCGAGCUGUGUUGAUUUAUGUGACCAGGUGGAGAUGGGCGGAGCGGACGAGGAAGUCAAGGUCAAUCGAGUGUCCUGCCCGAGACAACAACAAUCUGCAGCAGCAAUCAGUUUCAGUUAGUUAAUAUAUAUAUAUCGACAAAAGCAUACUUGAGUUUCAGCAUUCAAUACUGAUUAUUUUAAAUUUCAAAAUCAUUGUUUGACACUUCGUUGUGUAUGCUUGCACAGAAUCUUAGUAUAGUCUCGACCAGGAAACAUCUACAUAUGCAUAGUAUUGGCUGGGCAUUCAUGAUGCAAGGCAAGACGUGUGCUUUAAACCCUGCUGAUCACCGAAUAUAUGCAACAGAGAGAUUAAGUGUGUGCGUGUUUGUGUGUGUGUGUGUGUUUGUGUGUAUCCCGAGAGGAAGACGAGUAUUUGUGUGCAGUAAGGAUAUUGUGUGUGUCAUUGGUCUAUCCAAGCAAAACCUAAUGGAGACAGCUUUUGAUGUUUUAAUUGCUGCCUCACAUGUUUUAAUAAAGCUGAAGUAUGUGAGUGUGUGUGUGUCUUUCAAAGGACUUUAAUGUGUGCUAACAUGAAUAGUGUGUGUGUGUGUGUGUGUGUGUGUGUGUGUGACAGAAAAGAGGGCAUUAGUUGAAAGAGGUUUUACAAUCUUAUAUAUGUUUGAAUGCCAUUUACUUAACUCUGCUCAUAAGUUAAUGUAAUAAAAGCAAGAAUCGAAA